GAGUGUAUCUCUCUCUCUCUGCUGUCUUUCUCUCCCUUUUCUCUGUUUUUCCGCCAUUUUCAGAGAAACGAACAGUGGGCAGAGAGGAGACUGACUACGAAAGAAUCAUCGCUCCAUUGUAUUGUAGUGAGAGAAAGCCUGGGAGCGAGCUUGAGCUACUACAACUACGAGGCGAUACUUCUCGUGAUUUCAAUCUCUCUCUGUCUCUCUCUCCUACCUUUUCACUUUCUCUUUCUUCAUUCACUUUCCCCCUUCUCUCUCCCGUGUCCCCCUCGCCUAUAGCUCCUCAUCAUACUCCCCCACCUAAUUCACUUCUUUCAUUUGAAUAUUUCCUCUCUCUCUCUCUCUCUCUCUCUCUCUCUCUCUCUCUCGCUCGCUCGCUCAGCCGGGGUCGUCCUGACGUUGCUUGAGGAUCUGAUGUGUCAUGCUAAAAUUUCGAGGGCAAUCCUACUGGACCAUAUAAAUGAAGGAAUCGUUAUGAUUGGAGAGGAUUCUAAAGUUUUUCCUUUUCUGGUUGCUGCACUUACCUAUCUCCAAAGUGAUUCUUCAGAAUUGGGUUAGCCAUUGGUGUACUUUUGGAGGCUGAAUCUUCCUCUUUAGUUCAAGCGUUCAUUGGGGAUGGCCACAGUUUCCAGUACUUGUGAAAUUGUUGAAUCAGCAGAAGAAUUCAGUUGCCUGCAGAAGUCGUCCAACAAAUCUUCACUUGAGGAUGAUAUCAAUCGACUAUUUGAGUCGCUAAAUGUCCGAAAUUCAUCUAGGAGUUCGGGGUUAUUGCAUGACGCUGGCAGAGAGUCUCUACGGAAAAAUGCUUCAAAGAGACCUAUGCGAGGUGGUGCAUCACCGGCUUCAAGCAUCGGAAUAUCAGAGCCAUUGAGUUUGAAGCAGGCUUUGAGGGGAUUAUGCAUCUCUCAAGCUUCAGAAAUGGCAGCUAUGAAGCGACUGUCAAAGCCAGUUAAUUCUCCAACCUUGUCAGAAGCUGGAGCUAUUAAAAGGUUGUAUAGGGCAGUGGUGGUUGAGGCCGAUGGAUCUGGCUUUCCUUUAAAUGAAGGUGAAGGGAAGGUGUUAGAAAUUUCCCUGGUAUCUGAAGGUGUCAGUUCAAAUACUUCUAUGGGAGUGUCUGAGUCCCUUCAGAUACCAUCCGCAGACUUAACUCAUCAUGAGGCUCAUCCUUCUUCAUCUAUCAAAGCGAACAUACCGCAGUUGACAAUCAGAAAAUCUUCCUCAGUAGAUAAAAUUUGUCCUUUGGAAGCAAAAUCUGCUGGUGCAGAAGUGAAUACAGAAGUUGGAAGGGUCAAAUCUGUGGAACCUUCAUCUCUUCUUGGUAAUGGCAAAAAACUUGCAUUUAAUGAUCUGCAAGAUGCUGCUCAAGUUAAACUUCCGCCAGCAAAACUAGCCCAGAUUAAUGGACAAAAGGGAAAUUUAGAUGCUACAUCUAAAUUAUCUAGCCCUUGGGCCCCUUCCGCUGGUAAGAGGGGAAAUAAAUCCAAUAUCAACAGUCCAUGUUUUGUUAUGCCAGUCUUUGGGAACAAAAACUUCAUGAAGAAGAAAGUAAAGCAUGAAUCAACUUCUACUUCCUGCAGUUCUAGUCCCUGUAUUCAGAAAAUAGGUGGUGUUUCAGGUCCUCGCACUGAUAUUGUAGAAAAGACUUGUGUUCCCGACAGUGAGGGGAAAGAAGUUGAAAAGGCUUCUCUUGAUUCAGGUGCUACAGAUAAGAGAAUUGAAGUGAAUAGUAGUUCUGCUGACACUGGUUCGAGCAACAUAGAGUGUACGUUGACCUGCAGUAGCAGAAUGAAAUGUCUGGAUAAUAAAGCUGAUGAAGUUUUCAGAUCAAGAGAGAAAGGCGAGUUCUCCCAAAGCUCAAAAAGUAGCAUUGGGGACUACAGGUGUAGCACUAGCAUUAGUGAGACAAGUAAUCUCAGCGGGUCCAAUCGGUGUGGGAGUAGGCCUCAUAUGUCAAAAGACUCGAGGUGGGAAGCGAUCCGGUCUGUUCAGAUGCAGAGUGGAAGCAUAAACUUGAAACACUUCAAACUACUUAAGAAGCUAGGCUGUGGGGAUAUUGGAAUUGUUUAUCUUGCUGAAUUGACAAGUACUAACUGCCUCUUUGCACUGAAAGUGAUGGACCUUGAGUUCUUGGUAAAGAGGAAGAAAAUGGCUAGGGCCCAGACUGAGAAAGAGAUAAUGCAAAUGCUGGAUCAUCCAUUUCUGCCAACACUGUAUUCCCACUUCUCGACAGACAAACUCUCGUGUUUAGUCAUGGAGUAUUGUCCAGGUGGUGAUUUGCAUGUUCUGCGCCAGAAACAACCGACACGGAGUUUCUCUGAACAAGCAGCGAGGUUUUAUGUUGCUGAAAUUCUCCUUGCACUGGAGUACCUGCACAUGCUUGGAGUAGUGUACAGAGACCUAAAACCAGAAAACAUACUGGUCCGAGAAGAUGGUCACAUCAUGCUCUCAGACUUUGACUUAUCACUCCGAUGUGCUGUAAAUCCAACAGUGGUGACAUCAUCGUCACCCGAAGCCGAGCCCACGAGAAAGACAUCUAGUCCAUGCACGGAAACUAGCUGCAUCGACCCUUUCUGCCUCCACCCAUCCUUUCAAGUGCCAUGCUUCACUCCUAGACUUUUAUCAAUCGCCACAAAAGGUCGGAAAAUGAAGUCUGAUCUGGCGGCUCAGGUCAGCCCCCUGCCACAGCUUGUGGUGGAGCCGACCAGUGCCAGAUCCAACUCCUUUGUCGGGACCCACGAGUACCUCGCUCCUGAAAUUAUCAAAGGUGAGGGUCAUGGAAGCGCUGUUGAUUGGUGGACAUACGGGAUAUUCCUGUUCGAACUGUUAUACGGCAAGACGCCCUUCAAAGGUUCUGGAAAUGAGGAAACAUUGACCAAUGUCGUCUCUAGAAGCCUCAAGUUUCCGAGUAGCCCCGUUGUGAGUUAUCACGCGAGAGACUUGAUCAGAGGGCUCCUGAUAAAGGAUCCAGAAAACCGGUUGGGAUCUGCAAAGGGGGCUGCAGAGAUCAAGCAUCACCCCUUCUUUGAAGGGCUUAACUGGGCGCUGAUUCGCUGCGCGGUUCCCCCCGAGCUGCCGAGGUACUUCGAGGUCGGCGUCAGCGCAAAUUCUACUCAAACAGACGCGGCGAAAUGUAAGGAUUUUCAGAACAUAGAGGAGCAAAUUGAAUUCGAAGUGUUUUAGCCUUUUGUUUCGAAACGGUUCUUGCGCGGGAAAGAAGAUUUUUUUUCAUGUUCUUUCCAGUUUUAAGAUUGAUUUUCUGUAACUCACAUAUAUGUAGGAUCUGUUGUAUAUACUAUCAUGUAGGUGAUCUGGGGAAUUUUGUCAUCUGUUAAGUACUGUAACUAGGACUGACAGUACAACCUAAGAUACAAGGAAAGGUUGAGGUUGUUUCAGUCGGUGCUUAGAACAAAUAACAUAAUUUUGCGAGAGAA